UUUCAAGAAAAAUCCAAAGAAUGGGGUAAGAGACAGAAACAGGAACUUUUGGAUGAGAUAAGCAGACUAAAAGCUGAAUUAGAAAGGCUGAAAAAGUUAACUCCACAAGAACUGGUUGAUAAA